GUAAUAAAGAUGAGUUACUGCAAUUGGUUGAACCACUUCAUCCAGACAGUAGUAAUGAAUGGAUCAGCAUCAAACUGGAAAGAGAUGUGUCAGUUUCAUUCCUGCUGAGGCAGUCAGAACAGAUGAGUUUGUGGAUGCACUUAGAUGUUUGCAAUGAGCACUGCGGCUGGCAUGCCCCAGUGUUUUGGAUACCAAUGCAUAGAACUCCAUGGUAAUCGAAUUUAUCAGAAACGAACGUCAUGAGCAUAGUGGUCCCGUUGGGGGUUGACACAACAGAAACUUCAUAUUUGGAAAUGGCUGCAGGCUCAGAACCUGAAUCUGUAGAAGCUAGCCCUGUGGUAGUUGAGAAGUCAAACAGUUAUCCACACCAGCUAUAUAACAACAGCUCUCAUCAUUCACACAGCUACAUUGGUCUGCCUUAUGCGGACCAUAACUAUGGUGCACGACCUCCUCCAACACCUCCAGCAUCUCCUCCUCCAUCAGUUCUUAUAAGCAAGAAUGAAGUAGGCAUAUAUACUACUCCAAAUUUUGAUGAGACCUCUAGUGCUACUACUAUCAGCACAUCUGAAGAUGGAAGCUAUGGAACUGAUAUAACCAGAUGCAUUUGUGGAUUUACACACGAUGAUGGAUAUAUGAUCUGUUGUGACAAAUGCAGUGUUUGGCAGCACAUUGAUUGCAUGGGGAUCGACAGGCAACAUAUUCCUGAUACAUACCUCUGUGAGCGUUGUCAACCUAGGAGUUUAGAUAAAGAAAGGGCAAUGUUGCUGCAGCGUAGAAAAAGGGAAAACAUGUCAGAUGGGGAUACCAGUGCAACAGAAAGUGGUGAUGAAGUUCCUGUAGAACUAUAUACUGCUUUUCAACACACACCAACUACAAUUACUCUAACUGCUACACGAGUCACCAAGGUCACAGAUAAGAAAAGGAAAAAAAGUGGGGAGAAAGAACAAAACAUCGCAAAAUGUAAAAAGGCCUUUCGCGAAGGUUCUAGGAAAUCUUCAAGAGUUAAGGGCUCUGCUCCAGAGAUUGAUCCUUCUGACAGUUCAAACUUUGGAUGGGAAACUAAAAUCAAGGCUUGGAUGGACCGUUAUGAAGAAGCAAACAACAACCAGUACAGUGAAGGUGUUCAGAGAGAGGCACAAAGAAUAGCUUUGAGAUUAGGAAAUGGAGAUGACAAAAAAGAAGUGAUCACCAGCAACUCAGUCUUCAAACCACCAGUAGAGAGCUAUAUUCAAAAAAAUAAGAAAAUCCUAAAAGCUGCUAAAGACUUGCCUCCAGAUGCACUUAUUAUUGAAUAUCGAGGAAAGUUCAUGCUGAGAGAACAAUUUGAAGCUAAUGGAUAUUUCUUUAAGAGGCCAUAUCCCUUUGUCCUGUUCUAUUCUAAAUUCCAUGGGCUGGAAAUGUGUGUGGAUGCAAGAACGUUUGGAAAUGAAGCUCGGUUUAUCAGACGAUCCUGUACACCCAAUGCUGAGGUUAGGCAUGCCAUUGAAGAUGGAACCAUUCAUCUUUAUAUCUACUCCAUCCAAAACAUUCCAAAAGGAACAGAAAUAACUAUUGCAUUCGAUUUUGAUUAUGGAAAUUGCAAAUACAAGGUGGACUGUGCCUGUCUCAAAGAAAAUCCUGAAUGCCCAGUCCUUAGGCGGGUUUCUGAGCCUACAGAAAACAUAAAUACAGGAUAUGAAACUAGAAGAAAAAAGGGCAAAAAAGAGAGGGAUGCUUCAAAAGAGAAGGAAACUCAAAACCAGAAUAUCACUUUGGAUUGUGACGGAGCAGCCACCAAAACAAAAUUUCCAGACAACAGGCAGCGGAAGCUUUCUCCACUUAGAUUGUCAAUCUCAAAUAAUCAGGAGCCAGAUUUUAUUGAUGAUAUAGAAGAAAAAACUCCUGUUAGCAAUGAAGUAGAAAUGGAAUCAGAGGAGCAGAUUGCAGAAAGGAAAAGGAAGAUGACCAGAGAAGAACGGAAAAUGGAAGCCAUCCUUCAAGCAUUUGCCCGGCUAGAAAAAAGAGAAAAAAGAAGAGAGCAGGCUUUGGAAAGAAUCAGUACCGCUAAAACUGAAAUUAAAUCAGAAUGCAAGGAUGCACAGAUCAUCAAUGAUACCGAAUUUGUUCAGGAACCAGCAAAAGAGGAAACUGCCACCAAGCCAACCCCUGCCAAAGUCAAUAGGACAAAACAGAGAAAAAGUUUCUCUCGAAGUAGAACUCAUAUUGGCCAGCAGCGGAGACGGCACAGAACUGUUAGCAUGUGUUCAGAUAUUCAACCAUCAUCUCCUGACGUGGAAGUUAGCUCACAGCACAAUGAGCCUGAAAAUGCUGCACUUUCAGCAGAGCCUGAAACGGAGACAACUGUUGCUGAAAUAGUUCCUGAACCAGAAGCCCCAGCACUUAAUAAAUGCCCUACUAAAUAUCCUAAAACAAAAAAGCACUUGGUAGAUGAAUGGUUGAGUGAGAAGAGUGAGAAGACUGGCAAACCUAUAGAUAGCCUUUCAGAAAGGCCUCUGCGUAUAACGACAGAUCCUGAGGUUUUGGCUACACAAUUGAAUUCUUUACCAGGUCUCAUUUACAGCCCACAUGUAUAUACUACCCCUAAGCACUAUAUUCGUUUUACAUCACCGUUCCUAUCAGAAAAACGGCGGAGAAAAGAACCUGUGGAAAAUGUUGGCUCUUGUAAGAAGCGAUGGUUAAAGCAAGCGCUGGAAGAAGAAAACACAGUAGUCAUAGAUAAUUUUAAUUCACCAUGUCAUGAAAGAUCUAGAAGUCCUGCAAUCAAUGGUGAAAGCAGAAGCCCGCUAUUAUUGAAUGACAGCUGUUCCUUGCCAGACCUCACUACACCACUAAAAAAACGAAGAUUAUAUCAGCUGUUGGAUUCUGUCUAUUCAGAAACAUCUACACCUACUCCUUCUCCAUAUGCUACACCAACCCAUGCUGAUUUUUCUGCCUCAGAUCCAAUGUUGUUUGCUACUCCUCCUAGAAUAAAAGCAGAUGAUGAAAACUGUAGAAAUGGCUAUAAGCCCAUUUACUCUCCUGUUACUCCAGUAAUUCCAUGUGCACAUGGAAAUUCAAUGCACUUUGAGAAUAUUUCUUCACCUGACAGUUCCCCAGAGGUUAAGAGGCGAACGUAUAAUCAAGAGGGAUAUGACCGGUCAUCAUCAGCAAUGCUGACACUCAACUCUUUCAGAAACUCCAAUCUUACAGAAAUAUGUCUGCAAGAAAUAAAGACUAUUGGUUAUUCCAGUCCAAGGAGUAGGAAUGAUGGUGGAAGGCAGUGUUCAGGAGAAAAGGAAGUCACCUCAGACCUUCAGUUGGGACUUGAAGCAGUUGAUCAAAGUGCACUGCAUAACACCUUAGAACCCCCCUGCCAUGAGAGAACUGAUGCAAACAGCCAACUGGAAAGUGCGCACUGUGGGCGAGGAACAGUAUAUCCUACAUGGGUAAAGAGUCCCGACAGGACAGGUGUAAAUUUCUCAAUGAAUUCUAAUCUGAGGGACUUAACGCCUUCACACCAGUUGGAGGUAGGAGGUGGAUUCCGAAUAAACGAGUCAAAGUGCCUGAUUCCAGAUGAUGCUAGAGGCAUGUUCAUGGAAGCACCUGUUUUUUGUACUUCUGAAGAUGGACUUGCAGCUGGCUUUGGAAGGUCUGUCAACAGUGACAACUUGAUGGAUGGAAACUGCAUGCCCCAAAACCCUCCACAAAAGAAAAAGGUGUCACUUCUAGAAUAUCGUAAAAGGCAACGAGAAGCCAGAAAAAGUGGCUCAAAGACAGACAGCUUUCCCCUUCUUUCCAUAUCACCACAUGCUGCUAGUGGAGGAAACAAUGCUGCCACUGAUGGAUAUAACAGCAGUGAAAAUGGGGAACAAGUGGAGAGAGAACACACUACUAGCCUAUCGUUGCCACUGCCAGCCACUGAGUAUAGCGCCUCUUCAGAGGAAACUGAAAACUCCUCUUUAUCAAAAGAAGUUUCAAGUGAAAAGAAUGAUCCAGAGGUUCAGUGCCAAACUUUCCAUUAUAAAAAGCUGGAAAACUGUGAAUAUGAGUUAAAUAUGAGUAACUUGAUGACUUCUUCACUGAGUCCUGUAGUUCCUGCUCAAUCACUUGGGAAAACACCCACAAAACAGGAUUCCCAGUGGGAGACUGCAGCUGAUACCCCAGAGGCUGAGAAUACAACUCACUCAAAGUGUGACCAGCAACAGAAGCCGUUGACAAACAAUACAGAAGCACUUUCAAAAAACCAUCAAUCCCAGCCUCCUUUACGUAGUGCAACAGAUCAGCCUGCGCAGAAACUUGCUUCUGCACCCUUGAAGCUGCACUGCCCCCCUUCCCCUCAAGUAGAGAAUCCUCCAAAAUCCUCUACGCCACACACCCCUGUACAGCAUGGCUACCUUUCACCAAAGCCUCAUUCACAACCAUUAGGAUCACCAUACAGACCUCAUCAUCCUCAGUCACCUCAAGUGGGAACACCUCAGAGAGACUCUCACAGAAGUUUUUACGCAGCAGCACAGAACCUCCAGCCUAGUACCCAACCCAGUGGGACACUGUUUUCCCAGACAUCUUCGGUCUCUUACAAUCAGUUCCACCAACAAAAUUUAAACACCAGUGCCCCCCCUCCGCCCCCGCCCCCUCCACCUUCCUCCACUUACUAUCAAAACCAGCAGCCCCCCUCAGGAAACUUUCAAAAUUACAAUCAGUUAAAAAAUAACAUACCACCCCAACAAACUGUAUUUCCCUCUGGACCAAAUCAAGCACUUGCUGGUACAACAUGCCAGCAGCCUGUUUCAGGACACCAUGUAACCAGUGGGCAUUUUUUGCCAUCUCAGAAUCCCAGUAUUCACCAUCAAAGUCCAACUGUUGGUGCCCCGCCACCCCCACCGCCCCCUCCAGCACCAGGACCACAUCUUGUGCAGCAGCAAAGUACUCAUCAGCAGCAUGCAGUGGCCCACGUCGUAGGUCCUGUGCAUGCAGUAGCAGUGGCCCCAGGGUCACACAUCCAUUCUCAAGCUGCUGGGCAUCACCUGCCGCCACCGCCACCUCCUCCUGGUCCCCUUCCUCAUCACCAUCCUACUCACCCCACAACAGGUCACCAAGGUUUGCAAGCACAACACCAGCAUGUUGUAAAUUCAGCGCCGCCUCCGCCUCCACCACCACCCUCCAACGUUUUAAGCUCUGGGCAUCACACGGCAUCAACGCAAGGACUGCACCAUCCAUCUCAUCAAGGCCCCCCACUUUUCCCUUCAAGUGCUCAUUCAACGGUCUCAUCCUAUCCAUCGCAACCUCCACAUCAUACACCUUUGGGACCGGGCCCUCAGCAUCAGCCUGCCGCAACAGGACCACACUGUCCACUCCCAGGUCAGGGUCCUCACAUCCAGCCUCAAGGACCAAACAGUAUUCCAGCACCUACCGCUUCAGGGUUCUGUCCUCAUCCUGGCUCUGUCUCCCUUCCUCAUGGCGUGCAAGGACCUCAGCAGGCAUCCCCCGUGCCUGGGCAAAUACCCAUUCACAGAGCACAGGUGCCACCAACUUUUCAAAACAAUUAUCAUGGUUCAGGGUGGCAUUAAAAAAAGGGCCCCUUGCUUUUAAACAUUUUAAAAAUGUUCUGUAAAAACUGUAUAUUUCAUAUGUACCUGUUCAAGGUACUUUUUAAAGCUUGUACAUGAUACUUUGUAAAAAAACAAAAAAAGGCAAAACACCAGUGCGCGCACGCUCUCAUUGUAGUAUUUUUUCCCAUUUUUGCUUUAAAAAAUUCCUGAAACUGUGCUGUUGAGCCAGUAUUAGGCAUUUUUUAUUUUGUACGUAAACAUUCCAGCUGUUUGUUCUGGCAGUAGAUUUGAUGCUGCGUAACUUUAAAUUUUAUUGUUGCAGUUAAAUUCAUUUAGUGAAUGUUUUCUAUAUUUACUUUUUAUACAUAUGUAAUUAAAGUACACGGCUAAGUGAUGGCACUAACAGGUUUUUCAUCUGUCAGCGGUUUUUGUGUGCAUAUAGGUAGAAAAUGCAAUACAGAUUUUUAUAGUUUCGUGUGGACAUUGGCUCUUUUAUUUCAACAGUUAUUUGCAGACAUUGUAAUUUAAUGUAUAGAUUGUUUCUAAUGUCUCUGACAAGUGCUGUAAAUACUAUUUCUUUUGCGUGUAAAACUGCUUAAUGCUUCUCAUUUGAUAUAGUAAUGUACAUACAAGUCUUUUGCAAAAGCGUGUGAUCUUUGUGGAAGUAGUACAGUAUAUGAACUUUAAUUUUUUUAAUAUACUGUCACAUUGCAGCACUGGUUGGGCAUUUUAAUUCAUGUUAAUAAAUCACAAUUAUGUCAGUUUUAA